GCCAUGUCGGCGCUGGCCCUGGAGGAGCUGUCGGCUCUGACGGCUAUUUACUGCCAGCCGGAUGAGUGCGCGGUGCUGGCGGUGUCAGGAGACAGAUAAUGAACCUGCCCUAUAUAAAGAUUUGGACUAAAUCUUCUGAGAUGCUGGGGAUAGAGUUUUAAUUAAGGCAGGUUGCCAGCUUCUGAACAACCUUAUUGUGAGAAAGCCAUGUCAUCUGGACCCACAGCCUUAAACUGCAGGUUAAUCACUAAGGAGACUGAAGUCAAUUCUCCACUGUCCUGCUGACUAUAUAAGAGGUGGUCACUUGGUCUCAGGGUGAGAUACUUGGGAGCUGUGCAGGAUGAUCUCAGGGAGGCUCUCAGCUGUGGAAUUCCCUAUCAGCAGAGACAGGACAUUUAAACUUUCCCUCAUUCCUACAAGGGCUUUUCUCGUACCCAAGAUUGAACAGACAAUAACAUAUUAAAGGAACCAAGGUGAGCACACUGGCCCAACCAAGAACCCUGAACUCUUUACCAGGAACCAUCGCCAGGAACCCAGAGCCACUGCUCAUGAACUCGCCGUCAGGAACACCUCUGCCAAGGACAGGAUCAGGAAUGAUGGUCACCUAUUGCUUAUAGAUUGAUAAUGUGGAAACACGUACAGCACAGGCAACAGCAUUGCAAUCCACCUACCUCACCAGGAUGUUUCGCCCUUCAACUGGAACCACCAUUUGUACAGUAGGGCCACACUUCCAUUGCUUCACUGGAUGCUUCUCCUGCUUCUUUUGCUGCUUCUGGGUGUUUCAGCUCAUGGACACACACACCUCCAACAAAAAAAUACUCAAUGAAACUCCUCUGUCUCCAUAGCGCAGUUUCUGAGCAGCCUUGCAUGUGACCUGUGUUCUGGUUGGAGGCUCCUAUUGUCUCAGCUAUCUUACUCUAAAAUGGAACUUUAUUGCUUCUGACCUUUACCCUGAAUGAAGGGCAGCUCUCACACCCACCAACUUCCACAAGAUUUCACCCAACCUCCAUCAUAACUAUAUUGUAAAUGGGUGACAUUUGAGAUUAUGAUAUUUUUGUGAAAUGGAAGAAAUUUUAUUUAAAAAAUUGCAAUGUAAAUGAUGACUCAAAAAUGUGUGGUGAACAUUCAUUCUCUCUUUGAUCUGAGUUGCUUGGUAGGUCAUCACUGGUCACAUGAUAUUGGUUCUGAUUUUUAAUUGGCAGAGCCCUACCCGAGGUUAGCAGAAGUCACACAGACUUAUUUUCUGAGAGGAGUGCCUGCUUAUUCUGUGUGCUUGCUCUUUCCCAAAUCAUCCCUCUCAUGCAGCAAAAGCCACGGGAAAGGGGCUUUUUGUGAGGGGAAACUUUGUGAAGAAACUUCUUGUGAGUUUACCCUGCAUCGUCCUCAGAGACAUGGAGUCCUCCCUCCCCAGUAAAAGCUCUGUCAUAUUGAUGGAGUAGGAAGAUCCCAAUGGAAAAAGUUUUCCCUUUUGAGGGGACUGACACAAGAAGAAUGGUGGACAUUUCUUUAUCUUAAAACACUUCACAAAAGUACAGAGUUCAACAGAUCACAAGGGGGCUGGAGGAAUGACCCUGAUGUAAUAUUUAAAAGAUUUUUGGAUAUUUAAAUGGAACAAAAGAUGGCAACAGUUUACAAAGUGGAUUUCUCUGAAGGUUGGUGAAAUGGAGUUUCUCCAAACUGAUUAUUCUAAAUCAAGGGUUGGGGAGAGAGCUGGAUGAGUCAAUGAAAGUUGGUCUUGCGCAGAUGACACAAGGAUCAGCAGAGGUGAAUGUCUGAAUAGAAUAAAGACUUUGAUUUCCCUAAAUAGCAGGGAGUCUUUCAGGAAUAGAAAGAGAGAUGCACUGGAUUAAUGGCAUUUUUUUUUUGAACUAGAAAAGGACACCUAGGAACAGAAGAACAACAGUAUUGGAGCUAUGAAGUUGGCACGCAUGGUUUUUGUAGCUGUGUUGUCGGUUUUAUUCCAUGGUCUGUAGUGUAGCAUUCAUACAAGGUUCAUGCACUUGGCAACAUUCAGGGCACACCUGGAGUGUUGUGUAGGAGCAGUGCACAUAUGGCUCCUCUCAAGGGCAUGAACCUUGGAAUCUCGCCCAGAUGACAUGAACCGUGGGAAGCCUCCCAGGACUGGACUCAAGGCCCGAGAGCGAGGAAUGUGGUAGAUAAAAAUUGGUAAAUAAGAAUGUUAAACAAAGCCAGUGUAUUCCUUUUAUCUGUUGGAGAAUGUAAUGUGCGGGGAGAGAGAAAGAAUAAAGGAAAGGGUGGAAAGCUGACAGGACCAGCCCGUUGGCAGACCAGCCUGCUUGCUUGCUUAAAGCUUUGUGCUGUCUUGUAUUUGAACCGCAACAACUGGCGCCCAACGUGGGGCCCUCAGCACUCACCUCGCCCGGCAAGGGUUUCAGACGUGUCACUCAUCCACUUCGUGGAUUCUGGUGAGUAUUUUUCAUCAUGGUAAGUAUGGGAAGCUCCCUCUCUGCUUUGCAAGUGCAACACCGCCAUGAGCUACAGUAUUUGCUGCGUAAGGCUCAGCAUUAUUGCCCCACUCGAACUCACUCUCCUGCUACAGGAGGUGAGUGCCCAAUGCCUGUGGUACCCUGAAGCCAGAACCCUUAAGCUAGUGGACUGGGAGCGGUUGGGCCAGACAUUGCACAAAGAGCCUCGGGCGCCCGUGCAGGCUUUACAUGCCUGGCACCUCUGCCGCUACGCGAUACAGCAUGUCGUCUCGGAAAGGCCCUCCCUCGCGCCAAUAGAGAGGCUGGUGAUCUCGCCACUCCCGUCCGCUCCUGCAGCCAUCCCCCCUCCUGGCGAUGCGACACAGUGUGUCGCCUCGGAAAGACCCUCUUCCGAGCCAAUAGAGGGGCUGCCGAUCUCGCCACCCCCAUCGGCUCCUGCAGCCAUCCCUCCCCCUGCUUCGCCCCCAGUGCCUCAAUUACCACCGCCUCCUUUGUCUUCCCCUCUGGAGCUGGUGUGUGAUCACUGUCCCCCUGUGGGACCCCAUGCUCCGGGGCCCCCCGGGGGAUCGUCCGCGUCUGCUCAGGGGCUUUCGCUGGUGCAACAAAUGGUUCACGCAGCGAAGACUCGCCCAGAUCUUACAGCAGAGGAAUUAGCUGAUCUGGUCUCUGUUUGCCCAGUGACCUGGCAGGAUGAUGGCCAGGGCAACCAGCUUGCAAACUGGGUCAGUUUGCCUUACUCGGUGAUCAGAGAGGUAAAGAAAGCGAUUCGCGAGUUCGGCCUGACUAGCACGUAUGUACGUGCUCUCAUUGAAGGGCUAGGUACUGGGUACACCCUGGUCUCUGAAGAUUGGAAGGCGCUGUUGCGCAUGAUGCUGACGGCCAGUCAGUAUGUUAUUUGGCUUAGUGAGUAUCGGCAGAUGGCGGAACGCCAAGCCCAGGUAUAUAGAGAGCAAGGUGUCACUUAUGAGCAGUUAUCAGGGGAGGGCCCGUUUGCUACCGUUCAGAUGCAGUCUCAGCUCCCUCAGGCUGUCUUCCCCAUUUCUGCCUGCGCCCAGCAAGCUUUCUGGAAGGUCCCGGAUUCAGGCAAGCCUACAAAAAGCUUUGCCAGUAUCCGUCAGGGUGCAUCAGAGUCCUUUAUGGAUUUUACCAACAGAUUGCAGGAGGCUAUCCUCCGACAGGUGGAUAACCCUGCGGCAGCUCAGGAGAUUCUGUUAAAAAUGGCGGUUGAAAAUGCGAACGAGGAGUGCCGCCGUGCUCUCCAGGCGGCACAAGCCGCUGGCAUUCUAGAGCUGUCGGACACGCUGCGGGCAUGCCAAAACAUCGGCAUGCAAGCACACAAAGCUGGGGUUCUGGCCGCUGCCCUGCGGAAAAGCGGGAAGGAGGGGAAGCGUUGUUAUCGCUGUGGUAAGGAGGGUCACUUUCAGCGGGAGUGCCGCUCAUCGACGGCGCCUGCCCGCCCCUCAAAGAAGUGCCCCAAGUGUCGGAAGGGCUAUCACUAGGCUAAUCAGUGUCGUAGUGGGUCGGGAAACCACACGACGGGUCUCCCCCGAACCCAGGACCAAAGGGGGGUGUUUCCCACUCAGACAACUGUUCCUCUGCCUUAAAAUCCAUAGACUCCAUGAGGGCGGCGACUGCCGGAAGUGCAGGGCUUGAUUUGAUUAUGCAGGAGGACGCUGAUUUUCAGUUGCCGGGGGAGGUUUGCGCCAUACCUACACAGGUGACGGGACCUCUCCCUGCCGGAUUUGUGGGUCUGAUUCUCCCUCGCUCACACGCUGGGAAACAGGUUUUUUUGUCAUCCCAGGGGUCAUUGAUGCAGAUUACACCAGCGUUAUUAAAGUUCAGGUGUGGACCCAUCUUCCGCAGUCGCUCCCGCGUGGACGGUCAAUUGCACAAUUGAUUUUAGUCCCCUAUCAGGUGCCAGCCACAGAGGAUCGAGCCCGGGGCGGAGGCGGCUUUGGAUCGACGCUGUCUCAGUUGCCGCCUCAUGACACGUCCUCUCCACUUGUUGCUCUAACAAUGUCGCUCCGCCCCUCGAAACCUCAGUUAACACUUCUUUUAAACAAUUUUCCUUUUACAGGGCUGGUGGACACUGGAGCUGACGUUACGGUGAUUUGUGAUCAGGACUGGCCAGUCAGUUGGCCAACAGUUCCUUCUAAAGAGUUGUGGGGGAUCGGGGGUAGCAAACCCGGGCGCCAAAGUUUGUCUUGGGUCACGGUCUCUAAACCAGGAGGCCGUGCCCUUGCUACGAUCCGCCCUUUUGUGCUCCCUGUCCACCUCAAUAUUUGGGGCUGUGACUUACUUGUAAACCUGGACACCACCCUCGAUAUUAAUAUAUAAUGGCCCAAAACCCUCCCCCACCCACCUUGCCCUCUGCAUUACCAUUGGUAUGGCAAUCCUUAGAGCCCGUAUGGAUUGACCAGUGGCCCCUCCCCCUAGAAAAGCUGAAAGCGCUUCAUUCGCUUGCGCAACAACAUUUGCAUGCACAGCGCUUGGAGAGCUCUACAAGUCCUUGGAACACCCCGGUGUUCGUUAUUAAGAAAAAAUCUGGUGCAUGGAGGCUGUUACAUGAUUUAAGGGAAAUAAAUAAAUGCAUCCAACCCAUGGGCCCCUUGCAGUUUGGGUUGCCAAACCCGAAUUUAAUUCCUCAAACCAAUCAGCUUUGUGUGUUAGAUUUAAAAGAUUGUUUUUUCACAAUCCCCCUUUGCCCACAAGAUCGCAAAAAAUUCAUGUUUACAGUGCCAGAAUAUAAUAAUCAGCGACCCUCUCAAAGGUAUCAGUGGAAGGUCUUGCCCCAGGGAAUGCAAAAUAGUCCAACCUUGUGUCAACUUUUUGUGGAUCGGGCCCUUGCCCCUUUUCGUGCCCGAUACCCCACACUAAAGGUCUACCAUUAUAUGGAUGACAUUUUGCUUAGCGGUCCCCAGGUCACGGCACAACAGCUUGAAUAUUUGUCUUUCACUCCUCCUCGGAACAUUUAUUCUUAUUUAGACGCCCUGUCCGAUCUUGUUUGUAAAGCCCGCCACCGUGCAGUGCAACUCACGGGCACUGAUUUAGUUGCCAUUGUGUUCCCCUUGUCAUGUAGUGAAUUUGAUUCCUUGUACCACACCUCCUUGGCCUGGCAGGUUGCUCUUUGUGAUUAUGUGGGAGAGAUUUCUUAUAAUCCCCCAAAAGAUCCUCGGUUAGUGAUCUCACACAAGGUGCCACUAAUCGUACAUCGUCUUAGCCGCUCUUGACCUAUUGUUUCAGCUGUCACUCUUUUUACUGAUGGCUCUCCACAUCGCGGUGUUGUCACCUAUCAAUUAGGUGACCCCCCUCGUUGGCAUUCUCAUUUUACGCUGGCUCAGCAUUCCGCGCAGUGCUCAGAACUGGCUGCUGUUAUUUUGGCCUUUCAACUUUUUGCUGAUUGUCCCUUUAAUUUAAUUGUGGACACCCAUUAUGUUUAUCAGGUAAUUGAUCAUUUACCCCUUGCCCUCAUUACCCCUCAGGUCGAUGCGGACCUUCUUCGCCUGAUUUUGUCCUUACAGUAUCUCAUCACCACUCGUAAUUUCCCUUAUUUUGUUGCUCAUAUUCGCAGUUAUACUCCUCUGCCUGGGAUACUCACUGAGGGCAAUGCGCGCGCCGAUCACGCAUUACGUGGUCAGGUAAAUUCUCUCUUUUCUGACCCCAUUGAAAGCCAUUCCUUUUUUCAUCAGUCUGCCUCUGUUUUGGCCUGACAGUUUCACAUUCCUGCUGAUCAUGCACGUUCUAUUGUUCGUUCCUGCCCUCACUGUGCCGCUGCUGCCCCUACCUUUUCUUAUGCCGUUAACCCCAGAGGUACCGCAGCGAAUCAGCUGUGGCAAAUGGAUGUCACUCACGUGCCACAAUUCCACCCCUAUUCAUUUUUACAUGUUUCCAUUGAUACCUAUUCGGGAUUCCUUUGGGCGACCCCACAGCGUGGGGAAGCCACUCCCAAAGUUAUUCACCAUUUGCUAGCCUGUUUUGCUGUUAUGGGUCACCCGAGCCAGAUAAAAACGGAUAAUGCCCCAGCCUAUUGCUCCACAGCCCUCUCCUCCUUUUGUGCCCAAUGGGACGUCCGUCUCAAACACGGGAUCCCUUAUAAUUCCACAGGCCAAGCUAUUGUUGAACGUGCAAAUCGCACGCUAAAAACCUUGCUUGACAAACAAUUAAAACAAGGGGAGCUGCAUCUCCGAACCUUAGGAGACAUUCAGCAACAAUUGCAUGUCCUUUUGUUUACUUUAAAUAAUUUAACACUGAAUACAGAUCAGCAGACCCCUGCGGAUUGGCAUUUUCAUAAGUCCGAGCUACUGGAAAGACUGUGUGUCUAUUACCGUCAGCUGCCCGAUCCGCAAUGGCUGGGCCCAGUACCUCUAAUCACUUGGGGUCGGGGAUAUGCUGCUGUCUCUCUCCCUGCAGGACCGUUGUGGGUUCCGGCCCGGUAUGUGCGACCGGCACUGAAACAGCGUGGCGUGGCACCAGGGGCUGUCGAACCCCAAACCAGAGUUUCAGCUGACCUUGGAGGAGAACGCGGUGCCUCCCGGGUCGACAAUGGCGGGAUGGAGACGGAGGAGACGUAGCAUCCCAAGCCAGCCCAUGACAUGGGGAGCAAUGAAAGCAUUGGUCGCCGUGGCUCAACGAAGACUGGCAGCAAACCAACAGCCAGAGACUCCUGAGACUCUGUUUGUGGCCAUUCUCGCCCAAAUCACUGCUAAUUCUGUAUUGAUUGUGUGCCUUAUGUGCCUGCUAUUUCCUGUAGGGGUUGACUCAGGAGCGCCUCCUCCGUUACGGGCCCGAAUGACAUAUAACCUAUGGGAAAGAUUGGCUUCAAUAGUAAAUGUUACCCACUUUUGUUUAUCUGAUUUUGUAGCAGCUGAAGAAUUCUUAGGUACCUGCCUUAUUCCAGUAUGUCAUCACCCUGAGGAAAUAGGGAAUGAGAUGAUGCUCGCUGCUUAUGCGAACCUCUCUUCCCAGUACUCCAGCAUGGCUAAUUGGGCCCCGGCCAACUACACUUUACCUUCUUGGGCUUAUUUUUUGCUGUUGCUGUGUGCAAUAUAUUUCCUUUUUGUUAAGGCUUUGUCGAGACCCGCCCUGGCAGGCUCCACGAGUUAUGACCUUGUUUGUCCGGGAGUUAAUUGGCUUGCAAAAGCAAAUUGAUGGCUACCAUGAGAUGGCCGAGCACAAAUAAACAAAAAAGGAGGGGAUGUAGCAUUCAUACAAGGUUCAUGCACUUGGCAACAUUCAGGGCACACUCGGAGUUUUGUGUAGGAGCAGUGCACACACGGCUCCUCUCAAGGGC